AUGCCGGGCGUGACGCGCUGGCUCCAGGCGGUGGGGUGGUCGAUCGUGGUCGGGUGGACCGCGGGCUUCUACAUGGAGCGGUUCAAGAUUCACCGGGAACCAAAACCCCCCCCCCCCUACGGGUGGGACACGAUGAGCGCGAAGGAGAAGGGCAAGGCGCACCACGAGCUGUUCAAGCAGCGCACGUCGCGCAUGUUCACGGCGGGCACGGUGUCGGCGGCGCGCUGGUCGCUCCUCGCGGCCACUCUGUUCGGGGUCGAGAGCGCCGCGAAGGUGGCACGCGCCGUGGACGACCCGUGGAACCAGGCGCUCGGCGGGGCCGCGACGGGCGUCGCGGCGGCGGGCAUCAUGCCGACGCUGUCGCCCGCCGGGAAGCUCAGGGCGCUGGCGGUGCUGCCUGCCGCGCUGGGAGCUACUGGACUCGCAGGGGGGUACUUGUACCACUGGGUGGAGGGCAUAAAACCAGCAGAGAGCGAGGGGGAGUCCGCGCAGGGAUGA